CAUACUAAAGUGCUCAUUUACGCCCGACACUCUAAUGCGUGUUCAAGUUCAAAUUGCAUAGACGCACAUACUAUAGCUGGCAGUAGGUCAGCAUCGCUGCCUUUUACGCCUGUUUAAACACAUAUCGCCAAGCCUUUUUCGUGGAAGACAUAUGUAUUAAGCUCGAAUACUUAAAGAUUACGUCGAUAUGGCAGGGGCGUUGUGGAGCGUUCGCCAAAGCAUUUACCAGCGCCUGGAAUCGGGCUUCUGGGUUUUCGCCGCAUUUGCGGUUGCAGUGUUCGGAAAUGGUGAAAAGGAUCUCGUUACAGUAGCGCUCACCGACCAGCGAGUCAACCGACUGUCCCUGCUCCUUGGCAUCAUCAACAUCUUCUUCAACUGCCUCCUGUUUGCGUACGUGUUUGUGUGGCUCGGCUAUUUGGGGGGCCAAAGGGACCCCUUGGAGUCAGGGACGCUGGCGAUCCCUGCCGGCGCUGUCACAUUUAUGACCACUCUCAUCUCCAUGGUCGUGGCGCUGUGGCCCAUAUUUGGAGUUGUGGCCAUCGCCCAGGUGGUGGUCAUCACAUACGGUCUCAUCAGUGCGCUCAACUUCGUUCCUGGCUGGGGGCCUUUGAAAUCCACACGAGCAAUAGCUGGAGACGACAAGGAAGACUAGGAGAGGUAGGAGUGGCAAUAUCCGGCGCAGUAGCAAAUAUCAUACCCGGCAGUAAGGCUGGAGGUGGAGCUGGGGCACCAGCGCGCCGCAUACAUUGUAGCAGGUCACCGUGGAACUUGCAGAUGGAUGUUUCAGGCGAGCAACGCAGGGUAGCUGCUCACAUCAUGUCAGCACUCUGGGGGGGGUGCUGGGGGUUUGUUGCCUGGUGUGAUACACGUGGGCGGCUGCUGCCCCUGGCUUAAGCGUCAUGGCAAAGAGCAAAUCAAUGCUGCCUGGUAUGUGUGCUGGUCUGCAAUCUGAGCCUAAUUAAAUAGUGCUCCCUGAAUGUGCCUGAUGCGUGUUGAGACUUGAUUCCAAAAGUCGUGCUUUUGUUAGGUAGGGCGGUCGACAGACCUUUGGCCUGACACGCCUUGGUUUACGUAGUGCUACAGACCGCGUUGGCUUGCCCCUUCCCCCGAAGCAUCGAGCGCCGCAUCUCGGGGGACGCAAAGGUCAUGAUACAGAUGACUGAAACGGUUAUCUGAUGCGCAGGACCCUUGAAAUCAUGUUAUGAAGGUGAUAUAACCUGUGUCGCAAUACCGUACUGCCAAUAAGUAUCCAUGUUCUGAAUUUUUGGGGAAGGGGUCUGCAAAUGGCUGGAAUACCGUACUGCCAAUAAGUAUCCGUGUUCUGAAUUUUCGGGGAAGGGGUCUGCUGUGGCAUCGCAACUGCUAGAUAGGCACCUGGUUUGGCUAUGUGCCUGUGGAAACCGACCCCGGCUAUGUCCGGGCGAUGAGGUUGUUCGGCCUCAGACUGUGGAGGGGCUCAGCCCCUUUUCCCGUGACCGGGGAACACUUGUCUAAUUUUCGGGGCGGACCCGCACACAUAUGGCAGUCGUGGCACAAAUUUUCGGGGAGACUGGCAGAUCCCAUGGGCAGCCCCCUACGCAUACCUAACCAUCCCAGCGCUUGACUGUACCAGUGCACGCUGCAUCUGACGUCUGUAACCUACCGGUACCGUAUGUCCUUUCUAGCGUGCAAGCAGCAGCUUAACCUGAACCUUACGUCCUAACCUGAGCCAGAUCGCUUGCAGCUGUUUACGGAACGGAACGCCGGUAUGGCAAUUCUGCACGGUCGUACCACCCCGUCCCGCCCCCGCGGGACCCCCGGCACCCCCGCCAAAAUUUCCUACUUUUCUACUGUGACACAAAUUUUCGGGGCUUGGGCUUAUCAAUGAUGAGCUAAAUUAUUUCGGUUCCAUAUUUCCGUGCUACAAAUGGCUCCACAGUUAGCCGCCCUGAAGGCUGAGCAUUUGCAGUAUGUGUGCGAUGCGGGUGUGUCGGGGGUGGGGGCUGCCCUGGCGGCGGGGGCCUUCGUGUGCACCUUGGCCCGCUUGUGGUCGCUGAAAUGGGAGAAUCAUCAUAAGGAAGCACUGUGGCGUGUGGCCGCCAACGCUUGCUGGGCGUUUCCACGGCAUGCUAGCGAGCGGGCGCGAGGCGUUGCUGUUGACCCGUGUUGGGCGUGUGGGUUCGGCAUGCAGGAUGGGGACCGGCGUCACUGGUUUUGGGACUGCACUGUUGCGCUGUCACUGCGGGAAAGUAUGGGGAUGGCUAUGGGUUUCCUGCCGGAGGAGGCUCUAAGUGCCUUCUCUCGUGAGGAGUUGUGGUUAGUGCGCCCGCCUGCGGGGCUUGCGCCACCUGUGUGGGAUGUGGUGUGUCUCGCUGCUAUGUCUGCCCUGGACUUUGGUCGGCAGCGUGUGGUUAUGGCCGGGUUGGCGGCGCGAGCGAAGCUGCCGUCGGCCCGGGUGCUGAGCAUUGGACUUGCCGUCGUAGCUGACUUCUGGGGUCGUCUCCAGACGUUUGUGACUUUGGGUAUCAGGCCAAAGGGUUGGGACGCUGUGCCGUUUGCGCAUCCUUUCAUAUCUCGGGCUGUUGGUGACGGCAUGGUUUUGCGCUUGCCGUAUGACGCUGAUUCCCCGCCUCCCUCGCCGUGAGAGGUUGUGCGUGGUUGGUGGCUUUGUGUGUGGGCAGGAUGCACGUGUGGGCGACCGUUCUAGUACCUGGACGCUUGCGCCCUGGUUAGUGCGUGCGCUGUGCGUGUGUCCUGCGGCCUAGACGUUUCCCGGCACUCCUGUGCCCAGGCUUGUGGCGUUGAGGCACAGCGGUGGGGCUCUGGCGGGUUGAGGCUUGGCUAGGCAGGGGGGGGUACGAACUAAACCUCCAGAC